AGGACUAGGUCGUCCACCACAGCAUUAUAAUUAUUACUUCCAAGGACACUGCUCCUCACCGUCAACGGAUAAUAAUGAAGACUAUCAAUUUCAUUACCGGGAACAAGAAUAAAUUAGCUGAAGUCAGAGCUAUAAUAGGCAACGUGGUUGACGUCCAGAACCAAACAGUCGACGUACCUGAGAUACAAGGCACUAUUGAAGAAAUAGCAAAAGAGAAGUGCAGGCAUGCCGCCAACGCAGUGGGAGGCCCAGUAUUGACCGAAGAUACUGCUUUAGGUUUUCAUGCUCUGAAAGGCCUGCCUGGGCCGUACAUCAAAUUCUUUCUUGAGGCAUUGGGUCAUGAGGGGCUGAACAAAAUGCUGGACGGCUUUGAGUCGAGAGGAGCAGAAGCCGUGUGUACUUUUGCAUUCUCCCCAGGCCCGGGAUCGGAGCCAAUUCUAUUUCAGGGACGAACGGAGGGAGUUAUUGUAAGCCCCAGGGGACCGGCAAAUUUUGGUUGGGACCCAAUAUUCGAGUAUGAAGGCCAGACGUACGCAGAGAUGACCAAGGAGGAAAAGAACAAAAUAUCUCACAGAUACAAAGCUCUCGUCAAGCUACAGCAGUGGUUGGUUGACGAACUAUCAUAACUCAGAGCCGCGACAUGAAAACGUUACAGGCUUCCUAGUACCUAAUCUGAAUUCUUUGACUGGUCGCUUUUCCAGUUCUCUAUCCAGGAAGCUAUUCUAGCGCAAUUGGCUUCUACGUCGCCGUCCUCUUCACUAUUUAGUUCAACCACAAUCUCUUCAU